UCACUGUGCCGCCGUGAGCCUUAGCCCUUAAGCUUCUCUCCCUCUCCCCCGCGCCGCUCGCUCGCCAUUAUAAGAACCUCCCACCCAGCGCCGCCAUUUCCCAAUCCAUCCAUCGAAGAAUCCACGCGCGUGCGUGCUCCGUCGCGGCGUCAGCUGAGGAAGCUUUUGCGGGCCAGCGCGCGUGCUUUGUGAUUGCGUAUUUGCGUGCGUGUAUGGACUGUGCGGCGGCGGCGGCGGCGGCGAUCUACCGGCUGCCGGAGCAGUGCGUGGCGCACGCGAUCGCGAUGACGACGCCGGGCGACGCGCUCAGCUCCUCGGCCGUGUCGCCGGCGUUCCGGGCCGCCGCCGACUCCGACGCCGUCUGGGACCGCUUCCUGCCGCGCGACCACGCCGCCGUGCUCGCCCGCGCCGACGACGACGAUGACCGCCGCGACUGCUCCAAGUCCAAGAAGGAGCUCUUCACGCGGCUCUGCAGCCGCCCGGUCCUCCUUGAUGGCGCCACCAUGAGCUUCGGGCUGGACAGGCGGAGCGGCGCGAGAUGCUGGAUGAUGUCGGCGAGGGCGCUGAGCAUCGUGUGGGGCGACGACCCCUCCUGCUGGACGUGGACCGCCGACCUUCCCGGAUCACGGUUUCCUGAGGUGGCCGAGCUUGUGGACGUGUGCUGGCUGGAGAUCACCGGGAAGCUGCAGCUCUCCCUGCUCUCCCCACGGACCACCUACGCCGCCUACCUCGUCUACGCCAUCACCGACGACUCCUACGGCCUCGAGUGCAACAUCGGCAUGUUGCCGCCCAAGGCCACGAUCACCGUCGUCGUCUCCGGCAACGGCACCAAGCCGACAUCGACCACGUCGACAGAGAACACUAUAUGCCUGCAGCACAUGCAGGGGGAGGAGGAGACGGCGAUGCAUCGGCGAAGGCAGGAGUACGUGCGGCCACGGAAGAACUACGGGUGGAAGCUUGUCAGGGAGGCCGACAUGGACAUCAGGUGCCCGCGACGGAGAGGGGACGACGGAUGGACGGAGGUCGAGCUGGGCGAGUUCGCUGUCGCCGGCGAGGAGGACGGGGUGGUGGAGGUGAGCCUCAAGGAGGUGGAGUGCCAGCGGUGGAAGAGAGGGCUCAUCGUACAGGGCAUCGAGAUACGGCCCAAGCAUACGAACUAAUUAACUCGAUUGCUUUGCUUGGAAAAAAUAUAUGCGUGCGGAUUCCAGAGCAAAUGAUAUAUUAGUGCAGGAACUAAUGUUGAAAUGUUCGACGGAUCAUACUCUAUACGCCCGUCUUUUACGUGGUUGCAUGCAUGGGCAGAGCACACGAGUGUGUGCAUGCAUGCAAGAAGCAUAUGUGUGUGUCCCUGUCGGAUUAAGGCACAUGCAUGUGUUGAUGCAUGGGUCCCGGGCAGUAGAGUUGUUGCCGUACCCUGCAAAAUUUAAGCAAUUCAUCCUUUUGUUGACCAUUGGACAAAUUA